AUGGAACAGAUUGAGAUUCAUAGCAGAAGCUACUUGCUACGCUGGGUGCACGCAAAGUCCAAUACUACAAUCUCGUGGACUGUCCAACCUCACAAGCGUUCGAUCAAUCUCGGCCUCUUCAAGCAUCCUGGUGCACUUGCUAGUCUUCCCUCUGUUGGUGGCCUACCUCAUCUGUCCACAGUAUCCAGUCGAAACGAUGACGAGAAUCUUGAGCAGCCAGAAGUGGUGGACAGAUUGGAAAGUAUUGGUCUCAGGCAAGUGCUUAAGCUAGGAAAGUGUGAGGCCGACAAGUUCACCCAGAGCCGAUAUGAUGUGCCCAAUGGUGAGGGCGGACACUAUGCCAUUGUCUUCGACAACACUUUCUCCAAGAGUACAGGUAAAAUGGUCACCUUCUUUCUCUUGACUUACCCAACAAAUGCACAGCACCAGAUAUCGUUUGGUGCUCAGUCACAUCAACAUGGCUCAGCCAUGGCUUCGGCCAUGACUCUGGCACCUUCCAUGUCGAAGAAAAGUCCUCGUAUAGGUCCAAAGCAGUCUGUUGAUUCACUCAAGCUUGCAUCAGAGUUGACACCGAGAUCGACGCCUACAGGGUCAGCACCGAAGCUUGCAGUCGCAGACUCCGCUCAGGUUUUUCAAGGAAUUCUACAUAAGAGGAGAAGAAAGCGAGGUCAAGGUUACGCAAGGAGAUUCUUCAGCUUAGACUACACCUCUUCCACCCUAUCAUACUAUCACGACCGAAACUCUUCAGCUCUACGAGGAGCUAUACCUCUAUCUCUAGCGGCGAUUGGUGCGAAUGCGAAAACGAGAGAGAUAUCUAUCGACUCAGGUGCCGAAAUCUGGCAUCUGAGAGCACACAAUGCAGAAGAUUUUCAAGACUGGAAGACUGCCCUGGAGAAAGCCUCUCAGGCCCGCCUGGACAAUAACGAUCCCCAGUUCAAUAUUGACGCUAUCCAGACAUUCCAGAGUUCCAUGAGCAGUGGCCUUAAUUGGGAGCGUUUGGAAGCGCUACUAAGCAAGAUCUCGGGCACCAGAGAUGCUGUGAGGAGGUUGUGCAGCGACGCCGAGCGAUAUGCUACUCCCGCUCAGACGCCUUCCUAUGACGGAGCGCAGCCUGCGACUCCUGAUCGAGAGGAAGCGAGCUACUUCCCAGAGGAGCGGAAAGCCUUUUGGAAAAGGAAAGCUAGUACAAACGAGACAAAGAGCAACAUUUUUAAGAGAAGCGUAUCUACUCAGCUAGCUGUUCCUUCGAUCACAAAUUCGCAGAAUGCGAUCGCAUCUCCAGGUAUUGGCGACAAUAUGAAACAAAUACUGAACAACUUGGACACUGUCAUUGCGGAUUUUGCGGCAUUGCUUGGUGAUGCGAAACCACAGAAUGCUUUUGCAGUACCACAGUCUGCUGUUUCUCGCAUGAGUAUAGAAAGUCAAGAGUACUUCGACGCCGAAGACAGAACGUUGACCAGGAGCAAUACUCAACUCCUGCAAAUUCAAGAUGAGGACACUAGCGACACCGAGGACAAGAGAUCAGGCGACUCCGACACAAGUAGCAGUGUUGACGAGAAUGACACGGCUGGAAACAGAGCAUUCAGAUCAGGAAGUCUAAGCUCGUUGAUGCCACCACCUGCUAAAUCGCUGACACCGUUGCCAUUGGAUCGCGUCAAGCGGAGAACGACGAUUAAAGAGCCCACCAUUAUGCCACCUUCCUUGAUCGGCUUCCUGCGGAAGAAUGUAGGGAAGGAUCUUUCGACCAUUUCGAUGCCGGUCUCUGCGAAUGAGCCCACUAGUCUUCUGCACAAGGCGGCUGAGAACUUCGAAUAUUCGGAGCUACUUGAUAAAGCAACAACUCUGAACGAUGUAGCUGACAGACUGCUUCAUAUUACAGCAUUUGCGAUAUCAUCCCUGUCGAAUGCAAGAGUCAAAGAGAGAAACAUUCGGAAGCCCUUCAAUCCUAUGCUAGGUGAGACCUACGAGCUCGUACGCGAGGACAAGAAUUUUCGCUUCAUCUCCGAGAAAGUAUCACACCGACCAGUGCAGCUUGCAUUCUAUGCCGAAGGCAAGAACUGGGGUGUUGGUCAAUCCCCAUUGCCUUCACAGAAGUUCUGGGGCAAGUCAUCCGAGAUCAUUACUGACGGGAAAGUACGAGUUGCGUUGCACAACGUGGCAGAAAGUUACUCAUGGGCACCACCAACGUGUUUUCUUCGCAAUAUAAUAGCUGGCGAAAAAUAUGUUGAGCCAGUUGGUAAAUUGUCCGUGGUGAAUGAGACCACGGGUUGGCAAUGCGUCGUGACCUUUAAAGUGAAAGGUAUGUUCAGUGGGAGGAGCGAAGAGGUGGAUGUACAAAUGGUAGAUCAAAACGGACUUGAGCAACCACUCGGUCUUUCUGGUGCUUGGACGAGCCAUCUUGCAGUCAAGGAGAAUGGUCGAGUCGAUGCAACGAAAGAGAUCUGGCGUGUCGGGCCUCUUGUUGACAGACCAGAAAAACACUACGGCAUGACCAAGUUUGCAGCAGAGCUGAAUGAGAUUACCCCAGUCGAGGAAGGGAAGCUCCCGCCCACAGACAGUCGACUUCGGGCAGAUCAAAGAGCUCUAGAGAAUGGGCAAUACGAUAACGCUGAAAGACUUAAGAACGAGAUAGAAGAAGGACAGCGUGCGAGAAGAAGGGAACUAGAAGCCGCAGGAGAAGAGUGGACGCCGAAAUUCUUUGUCAAGGUCAAUAAUGGUCCUGAUGGUGAGACCGUCUGGAAGCCUAAGUCCAGCGGCUCGGAAGGGUAUUGGGAGAGAAGAGCCAAAGGUGACUGGAACGGCAUUGUCGAUGUGCUUGGUACUGGCAUGACUGUGCACAAGCAAGAACCCGGACGAUUUUGA